GAAAACGAGGCUUGCUUUGCUCAUUGCUGAAGAGUCCCAAGAUGGCGACGACGUCGGAUUCGAAGCAGCGUCCAGUUUAAUCAAAAUUGCUGGAAUUAUACUCUAUUUUCAUCUUAAAAAAGGUACUAACUCUUAAAAUAACACCUGUAAUGUAAGAACUGGUCACAAUGGAAUCAAGUGGACCUUGGGCAUCGUACACGUACAAUGGACUGCCCGCGUCUCAGGCCCCACCUCCAGGCUCUCUGGGCUCGUCCUCUGCCGGCCAGCGGACUGUGGCCGACCUGCAGGCCAUGGGCAACCCGCAAGCCGCCGCCUCGCAACUCUUGUUGGCCGGCAUGAGCCCAGCGGCCGUGGCAGUGGCGGCCAACUCUUCAUUUCAGCUGGGCAACUACGACUCGACAGUAUUCUCCUCCCUUUUCCACCAUCAAAAGCAGCAGCACCGAUCUCACCAGGUGGUCGGUCAGGGUGGUCAAAUGGAGCAGUCGUCUCCGUGGACCCCGCAGGCCAACAGCCUGGGCAAUCCGUUCGGGGUGCUGCCGCACCAGGCGUCGCAAAAGACCAACCCCAGCCCGUCAAAAGGGGAAAACACCUUCUCCGCGCACCUGAUCCCCCCCUUUGCCCACUCCGCGUCGAGCUACGGAAACGCGGGUGCGCCGGCGGCCCCCAAUUUGCCUUUCGUGCCGCAAAAAACGGCGCCCAAGGUGCCGAUUUUCACCCCCAAAGCUCCUCCCAAGCACAAAGCAGCCCCAUUGGAGACUCGCUACAACCCCGUGCCGUCCGCGCCGCCAGGCAUCUCUGCCGCGGCCGCCGCGGCGGCGGCCGCCUCGGCUGUGAUCAACAACGCCAAGCCUGCCAACAUCAUUGUGCACCGCAGUUUCCCUCCCCACUUGCAGCCGCAGUGCCGUAGCUACCCCAGUCCGGACAGCGACUAUCAGCAGCACCGCAACACGCCGGACAGCGUGUCCUCGGGGCCGUACGGUGACUCGGACUGCCACAUGUCGAUGGAGCGGCCGAGCCCAAACCCGAGCAGCCCUUAUUACAAUAUGGCGUCGCCUGAGUCGUGCGUUUACUCCAAGCACGACCGGCAGCCACCCCCUCAACAACAACAACAACAACAACAGCAGCAGCAGCAGCAACCCCCUGUCCCUCCCCAACAGCAAUUCCCCAUGAAACCCCACAACAGUUGGGACGAGAAGAGAUCGGUCGUGCCGCCAGGCCGCUACAACUACUCCGAGAGCGAAAACAAUAAUGCUUUUCAUGUUUCAGAUCAGCAACACUAUCAAUCGACGAUCAACUUGUCCGAUUUGCAUGGUAGUAGUGGUGGUGGCGGCGACGAGUUGCUCGCGCACGGUGGUUCUGAUAGCGAAGAUUACGAACGCAACAAGCGGCAGCGGCGCAACAAGCGGGCGCGUAAGAGCGACAGUCCGGAGAAAAUCAACCGGCAGCUGACUCUGCUGCAGCCUGUGCACGCUGAGGACGGCUACGCGGCGGCGGCGUUAGGCUUCCACUCACGGGUUGCCUUCCCUCCGCUCCCACAGCUCCAGCCAGGGGUGCACCAACAGCACCCUCAGCAGCACCAUCAACACGCUCACCAUCAAGAGCAUCAACACCAACAGCAGAAUAAUUAUCAGCCGCAAGAGCAGCAGCAGCAGCAGCAAUCAAAAGAGACUCGAUCGCUGAUUGAUGAAGAACUGGGAUUCUUGGAGAUGGAUACUGCCAACAAGAAAGGCACUCCCACUAAGCCGGCAAUAACGCUGAAAAAGGACCAGCCUGCCUUCAUGGACAGUUAUAUCAAGUUUCUCAGUGGUGAUCAGGACAAUUCUCUGUGUACCACAAGUGUCAGGUCUGGGAGAAAGUCUCCUCUCAGACAGCGCGCUCGCACGCUUCCGCAAAAAUGCCCUGAAACGCCGCCUCAACAGCUUCAACAACAACAACAACAACAACAACAGGCGCCUCAACAGCACCAGCAGCACCAACAACCUCAGCUGCAGCAGCAACAACAGCAGCAGCAACAACACCACGGCUAUCAGAUCCACCAGCAGCAGCAGCAGCAACUCGAGCCGCCCAACCACAGGGAGGACGGCAUGGAGCAGAGUGGGCGUGGCCGCAAACGCUCUCUGCCCGUUGAGGGCCAAACCGAAGGUGUGUCCAUUGCCGGUCUCGCAGAGCAAAAUGCGCUCAAUGACGAUGAGAAUGUACCUGAUGUUAGUUCGGAUCAUGAUGAUGAUGAGGAAAUUGAUUACACUCAAAAGCAAUUCCAACCAUUCGUGGUUAUAACGAGGAUGUCUCCAAGAACACUAAGAAAGUAUUCCCACUCUGAUGAUAGCAACACUUCGAGUGAUGUCUCUGCUCCAGAGCUUGCAGAAUCUCAAGUUGAGCCUGAGAAAGCUUUUGAAAAUUCAGGGCCAGCAAAUGAAAAAGGGAAUCUCGAGACGAUAUCUGACCUCAUGCCUGCCAAUUUGACAUUUGGAGAUUUAGGAUUAGGGUUUCCUUCAGGUUCCAUGUCGCAGCAAGCAAUGAAAUCGCUGCAGGAUAUUUUGAACUUUGACGGUUCUCUCCCUUUGAUGUUGAACGUAGAAAAACACUCUAGUAUUGAAGAUAAUGGACCUAGCUUAAGCUUAGAAUGUGUGAUGUUGCCUGAACUCUCAAAAGACCCUGUGAGCGCUCCAUUGGAAAUCCUUACUCCGCUUACGAAAGUUUUCUAUGCUUCAAUGAACCAAUGUAUUAAAUCUGAGAUUAAAAAUGAUGAUACUCCAUGUGCAGCUGUUACUUUGGAUGAAUCCAACUUGCAAGUUGAGAGUGACGUCAGUCUUGAUGUGCCAACCGAUGAGAAUUCCAAUCAGGAAAACAACGAGCCAUUUGAAAAUGCCCAACCUCCAACAGCUGAUUAUGAGGAGAAUAACAAGGAAAGGAAAGAACGCUGCAAGAGUGCUUCCUUCUUCGACCUUGACAGAGAAGAUCGAGAAAUGUUGCAUGAUCUCCCUCUCAGUGAAGUGUUGGACAUACUUAAGGAAAGGAGCGAGUACAGAAAACGAGCUAAAAUUGGACUGAAGAGACACUCGGCUCCAGAUGAUUUUGGGCCCGCACUCAAGAAGCAGUCGUUUAAAAAUUGCAAAAAUCAAAAUAUACGACCGAUUGCAACCUCCAUUGAUGAGGAAAUGGCAGAUUUGCUUGGACAAGCCGUUGUGGAAAAGGUCAACCAAGCCAUGGACAAAACUGAGAACACGGCAACUCCUAUUUGGAAGAAACCCCAAAAUAAAGCCACAGUUGACCAAGCCAUGGUCAAAACUGAGAACACGGCAACUCCUAUUUGGAAGAAACUCCAAAAUAAAGCCAGAGUUGCUUCUUUCAAGAAGGAUUUGUUCCCAGUGACCAGCGCUGGCGAAAAAGCUCAAAAGCCAAAAGCAAAGUUUGUAGUUCCAGUCGUGAAAAAGAACAAACCUCCUCCUGUCCAGAACGUGGAGGUGGAUGAUUCUCUUAUGCCUGAGCUUAAACCGUGUGCCAGGAGGAGGAGAUACAAGACUGGAACCUUUAUGAUGGACGUAUCCGAGAUGAUAUUCCCAGAUGCCAAAUUGUACAGAGUUGAUGGACCCGAGCUGAAACAAGAGUUCGAAACUUUCACUCUAAAUGGGGAAAAACUGUACAAGAGCACUCCAACAUACAGCAACUGGAAUUUAGAAGAGUACCGAAAGUUCAAAGUAUUCGAUGUCGAAUAUUACCAGCAGGCAAAACACAUGACAAUUAUUCGGCUGCUUUUGCCCGAAUCUCCAAAGAAAACUCGAAAGGGAGCCCACACAAAAUCAGUUAUCGCCACAAGGGAAAACGAGUUUCAUUUCAGAACUUACAUUCAAGCAUUGAUCUCUCGGACUUUGGAUGAUGGCUUUUUAUUGGCAGCCAUUGAAGAAAAAGUUGAAUACUUCACAUCAUCAAUCAGCAAAAUCGAUGAGCUGAAUGACCAGAGGAUUGCCCAGCUCCUGAAGUACUACAACUUUCCUAAGGAAAUCAAAGACAUUUUGAUGCUAUGGCCCCAGUUCAAGUGCGAAACACUUUGCGUUACCAACAUGUGCCAGUGCUGCAAUGAGAAGAUCGCCUUGUAUCUUCUCACUGGGGUUGAUGAUCCGUACUGCAAGAAGACACUGCUUUUCUAUGAUCUCGGACAGAACAUCUUGGCAAAGGACUUCACGGCAUGCAAAGAGUGCUGCAAACGAGUGUACCAUUUCAGAAAAUAUGCCCACCUGAAAAUGGACCUGUUUAAACUGUGUCGUUCCAGGAUGAGUUCGAACCCAGAGGUUGACAGGGUUUUGGUACAUGUGCAUUCCAAAUGGUUCGACAAGCUCUUUAAAGACCUGCAGCAGAUGUGGGCCUCGGUUGACUGCAUGCGCAUGAUGAAGGAGCCGUGAUGACAUUUCUCUAAUACCAAGUAGUGCAAUUUACAUUAAUGGUGCCAUAAAAAUUAAAUAAAACGAACUUAAUUAAUAACAA